GGAUCAGAGAAGAAUGAACCAAAGUGGGAUCUGUCUCAUCAUAUUGCAAAUAGCAUGGUGUUGACAGAGAACCUGUGCAGUGCAGGAAAAGAUGGAUUUGAAGAGAGAGAGAGAAAGCUGCCUGGUUUCUUUGACAGAAAAGUAUAUGAUGCCUUGGACAGAGGAAAGUUUGCCAUGACAGCAAUUCCACUAGCACAUAUUACUGCCACAACAGAAAUGGGCAGUGAUGAUGAAAAGGAAGCAACAACAGAGGAACAUGAGACUCGAGAUGAACCUGGGCAGGAAUCUGAGAAGGAGACUAUUGAAACAAGCAUGACAAUCAAGAAGACAGUUAAUACUCUGUCUCCUAUUUCAGAUAAAGUGAAAGAAAAACAUCCAACCUUGAGUGAGUGGACAAGGUCUAUGACUCAGAAGGGAUUGAAGCGUACGCGGUCAACACUGGAUGAAUGUGAAGAUGGAAGGCUAGACCCAUUGAUUGAGGUACUAAAAAGGAGUGGUAACCUGGUAAAUGAGCAGAUUCAAGCUCAAAACACAAACUGUCAACUGGAUAGGGACCAAAGGAAGGGGCACUCUGAAAGCCUGGUUGCCGCUAUCAACAAGCUCACUGAUGCUCUAGUAAGAAUUGCUGAUAGUCUAGCUGACCAAAAUGAAGGAAAGCUGAAGAAAAGGCUAAUGAAGCAAGGUGUGGAAUCAUACCAUCAGCUUUACUCUGAGGCCUCCGCCACCAUAGCAGCCGAAAUAUCGGUGGCGGAGACAAUUGCCCCCUCCUCCGCCAACGGAAUUGCGAGGCACCCAGUCCCACAUCCAGCAUCACACACAGUCACCCCCUUCAGUGACCCCUCAUCAGUCAACAUUCUCAUCACAUUCGCCACCGUCUUCGAUACUCCUUUACUACUUCCUUGUCCCCACCGCCCACUUCUUCCGCCUGCAACUGGCGCCGCCGCUCGGGGUCUACGAGGGAGAGGCAGCGGCGAGUACAGCAACAGACCCACCUCCAAUAACAGCAACGGUGGUUCCGUCAACUACCGGAGGUCUGUUACCGAGCCAGCAACGGAGAGAGGGGGAAUGGCAGUCAGGGGUCGGAAAGAUGAUGUUUUGAUAUUGCGGCUUCUGAAGUCAGCUCAGAUGCAGCAUGGAUUGGAGCAUGGAGAUUACACUCGCUAUCGGAGAUACUGCACGUCUCGAUUGAGGAGGUUGUAUAAAUCAUUGAAGUUCAAACAUGGUCGUGGUAAAUACACUCGAAGAGCAAUAACUGAAUCCGCUGUCACUGAAGUGAGAUUUCUUCAUGUGGUUCUUUAUAUGGCUGAGAGAGCGUGGAGCCAUGCCAUGGAGAAAAGACAGCUUCCAGAUGGCCCAAACGCAAGCCAGCACAUCUAUUUAAUUGGCAGACUGAGGAAGGCUGUAAAAUGGGCGAAUCUUUUUUCACAUUUGUGUGCUAUUAAAGGAGAUUCCAGAACAUCCUUAGAAGCUGAGGUGUGUCUACAAUUUGAUGAUUUCUUUUACUUACUUUACACCUUUCAUUUGUAAUGGUUGGAGUUUGGAAAAUAUAUAGCUUAUGCUUUCAGCAUUUUCUAUUUUCUUUCUUGCAUUGGUUCUUCCUUCCCCUGUCUCGGUCCUAAUGGUGUGUGUUUGAGGUUUGGUUUAGAGAUGUAAUUUGGUUGCAUGAGUUUUAUUCGAGUUUAGUUAGUAUUAUUUCUUCAUCCAUCUCAGUGAUCGAGUUUUAUAAAAGUUUAAGAUAGUG